CACACAUAUAAAUAUAUAUAAACAUAUAUAUAUAUAUCCAUUCAACUAAUAAAAUGAAAUCUAUUUAUUGUAUUCUUUUGACUCUGUUCCUGAGUCUUGUCUCAGCUUCAGCUAUUCAAAUGGACCGUCGUGCUGAAGAAGGAGAGGCGCUUAUGAUGUUUGGCUAUAAUCCACCUCGUGUCAAUCCUGACUAUUGUAAAGGUUUUCGUAUUGAAUAUCCUACAUACCCUGGUUUAGCUUUUGAAGGAGGUUCUUUACAACAACUUCACUGGUCUGUGGAUGAAGAUCUUAAUCCUACACCUGAUAUUAUUACUCGUAUUCGUAUCUUAAAUGCCACUCAACACAAUCAAUAUAUUAUUGGUGAAAAUAUUACUCUCUAUAACUUUGAAAAUACUGGUUCAGUCGCUUUCCCUCUUAAUAUUAAAGAUAUUACAGGCUUAUACCAUUACCGUAUCAUGGUAAACUAUCCAGGUACUCCACUCCAUUGCGUUUAUGAGUCCGUACCUUUUAUGAUUAUUCAAAAUCCUUAUCAAAAAUAUCAGACUGCAGGCCCUCCUUAUGUUGAUGUCAAUAUGGGUACACUUUAUUCCACUAUUCCAUAUACCAGAUAUAAUUUUAUUAGAUCAACUGAUGGGCCCAGUGUAACUUCAGAUUCAAAAAAAUAA